AUGUGUAAAGCCUCCCAGCGAGGAGUGGCUGGACAAGAGAAUCGAGAAACUGUGGCGGUGGGCACUUUCCCACGUCGCCUCGUGAACUUUCUAGAAGGCGGACGCCGCCAGUCGACGGGCAAAUUGGCCCGCGAGCCCCCCCCCCCCCCCCCCCCCCCCCAAGCAAAUUGGCGGUGCCUUCGAUCCCCUCCGGAUCAAUUGUGGCGCGGCGGGCCAGUGUCACUCCGAUGGGCGGCGGCGACGGGGACCCUAGCUGCGACCGAAUCCGCACCUAUGCUGCCGAAGCGCUUUCUGCCGAUCCUGGUGCUCGCGCUGGCUCUCGGCGCCGCGUGGGCGAGACGUGGCCGCGCGAGGAGUAGGACCAAGUCGAAGGUGCAAAUCGGGCUACCAAUCACCGGCAAGUACAGAGACCCUGAGUCGGACCAGUACUACAACAACAACGAUGGCGCAAAGAUUGUGCUGGCGUCGCAUUUCGACCUGGAGUACGUGCUCGGCCACAAAAUCGCGUUCCUGUGCAUCGCUAAAGGCUCCCCCCGGCCUCACAUCACCUGGUUCAAGGACGGCGUCGAAAUCUUCGCCCACCACUACUUGCACAUACACGAGUGGCCGAUAGGCGAGGACAAGGUCAAGUCCAAGAUCGAGAUCGACCCCGCGACCCAGAUGGACGCAGGCGUCUACGAGUGCACCGCCGACAACAUGUACUCUAUCGACCGGCGCUCCUUCAAGACGGACUUCUCCAUCGCCUUCGAC